AUGUCGACAGCACCAGAUGAACCUGCUAUUGAUGCUGUUCAAGCACGUACGGGACCAAGUGCGCGAGUUGAGCUGCCUGUCGUGAACCGGGAAGCUCAAAGUUCUGAUGAAGAAGAAGAGAAAGAGGUGGAGUACGAGGUGGAAGAGGGUGAUUUCCUCGCAGACUGGCCAGAUGAGACUGAGGACUUGGAGUUGAUACAUUCGCGCAUCGGAUCGUUGGACGAAUUGAGGCUUCCAAGGUUUGCCCAGCAUUUGAAGAAGCUAUGCCUUCGCCAAAAUCACGUCUCUCAUUUGGAUCCUGAAGUGUUCCAACAACUAACGAAACUCGAGGAGUUGGAUUUGUACGAUAACAAAGUGAAAGACGUCGGAAAUGCUCUGAACAACUUAUCGAAGUUAACUGUUCUCGAUCUUUCAUUCAACCUUGUCAAAAUGAUUCCGGAAGCUUUGAAUCAUCUUCCUUCCCUGGAGACGGUGUAUUUUGUUCAAAAUAAGAUAACAAAAAUCACAAAUCUUGAUUCAUCCUCGAACUUGCGUAGUCUUGAAUUGGGUGGAAAUCGAAUACGCCGAAUAGAGAACCUAGAAAGUCUGGUCAAUUUAGAAGAAUUAUGGCUAGGGAAGAAUAAAAUCACGAAGAUCGAGGGUAUAUCCACUCUGAAGCGACUCAAGAUUCUUUCCCUGCAAUCAAAUCGAAUAACCGUCAUUGAAAAUUUAGAGGGACUGGAAACUCUUGAGGAGUUAUAUCUAAGUCAUAAUGGUAUCAAGAAACUUGAAGGGUUGGAUGAUAACAGGGAGCUCAGGACGCUCGAUGUCGGAGCCAACUUCAUAUCUGCAAUCGAAAAUGUAUCGCAUUUGACAAAGUUGGAGGAACUUUGGAUGAAUGGUAACCAGAUACCUGACUUGAAAGCCUUGGAACCGGAACUCGGUCAUAUAAAAACCUUGCAAACCAUCUAUUUAGAAGCAAAUCCCUGUCAAAAGAAUGACAUGACUGGGUAUAGAAGGAAGGUGAUGCUUGCACUAAAGCAAUUACAGCAAAUCGACGCUACAUACGUGAAGGUAUAG